AUGGAACAGCAAUUGGGGCAAGUAUUAUCUCAAAUGUUAAGAUUUUUAAAGGAAAAUGGAAUACAAGCAAAGUUUACAGCACCAUUUCACCCAUCUACAAAUGGUCAAGCAGAAAGAUAUGUACAAACGGUUAAAAAUAAACUUAAAGCAAUGAUGAACGAAGAAGGAUCUGUACAAGAUAAGUUACAAAGAUUUUUAAUGAUGUAUAGAAAAACACCUAAUAGCUCUACAGGGCAGAGUCCAGGAGAAAUGAUGUUUAAAAGAAUAUAUAGAACAAGAAUAGAUUUAGUGAAAAGAAAACAAGAAGUUAGAGAUUGCAACAAUGAAGAAUUAAAGGUAAACAAAGAGUUUAAACCAGGGGAUAGAGUACAAAAAGGAUAUACUUACCGACCAACGUACCUGCAAGAGAAUUCACCUACACCAGCUUCACCUGAAAAAGAAUGCAUACAACCUAGCCCUACAGUUUACAUACAAGUCCUACUCGAAGAAGAUCAUCUACACAGCCAGUAG